GUUCCGCUAUCAGCGAGCAGUGACGUGUCAGUUCCCUUCAGCAGCAGCAGCAGUCAGAACCGGACACAGACCCGGAGGGAGCCGGAGCAGAAAUAAUGGCACCUAAAGGCGGUAAUAAGCAGCAGUCCGAGGAGGAUUUACUUCUGCAGGACUUCAGCAGGAACCUUUCUGCUAAAUCCACCGCACUGUUUUACGGAAACGCGCUCAUUGUGUCCGCCAUCCCCAUCUGGCUUUUCUGGAGGAUCUGGCACAUGGACCUGGUGCAGUCAGCGGUUCUGUAUGCCGUCAUGACUCUAGUCAGCACAUAUCUGGUGGCGUUCGCUUACAAGAACGUCAAGUUCGUCCUCAAGCACAAGGUCGCUCAGAAACGUGAAGAUGCCGUUUCCAAGGAGGUAACCCGCAAACUGUCGGAGGCCGAUAACCGUAAGAUGUCUCGCAAAGAGAAGGACGAGAGGAUUCUGUGGAAGAAGAACGAGGUGGCGGAUUAUGAGGCCACAACGUUUUCCAUCUUCUACAACAACACUCUGUUCCUCGUGCUGGUCAUCAUCGCCUCCUUCUUCCUCCUGAAGAACUUCAACCCAACAGUGAACUACAUUCUGUCCAUCAGCGCCUCGUCUGGUCUCAUCGCUCUGCUGUCCACGGGCUCAAAGUGAGAGAGAGAAUGAAAACUAAAGCAUGGAAGAAGAAAAAGGAUGAACAAAUGAAAGACUGUGUGGAGGUGUUUGGUGAACAGGGUGCAGGAGACUUUAUCAGAGGACUUUCAUGAAAUUCAUGAUCCGUGUGAUGCCGAGGGUCGUUUCUGACUCUCUCACUUUUUAUACCAAUAAAUGACCUUUAACCCUGAUCAUUAA